AUGGUUUACGACGAAAUAACUCUAGUUGCAGCACAGGAUGUUCUAGCCGGCUCGAACAUCGCYACCACUACUGUAGUUCUUUCUAUCGCUUUGUCUGUUCUGUCCAUGAAGCUGACAGUACCAUGGGUCAUGCAGGCUAUCCCGUAUGGAGUCAAAAUUAUCAUCAUUGUUUUCCUUUUUGUCACUGGUUUAUUGUUUCUUGUCUGUUCAAGUAAGAUUCCCUUGCGGUUGGUUGGUGUCAGUAUCAUCGAGGCUGGUGUGUCUACGAGUGAGAUUACGCUCAUGUCACUGACWGCGUUCUAUGAUUCCAUUACUGUUAGCGCAUUUGUGGCGGGGAUCGGUAUGUCAUCUUUGCUUGGCCCCUUUUACUAUACAGCUUUAACUACCUGGCUGGACUGGUCUCCAAGGAAUACUAUUAUCUCGACAGUGCCAUGGCCUUUAUUGUUUUUGAUCCUUUACGCACUGCUGAAUAAAGAACCURUCGAGAGAGAUUUAAGGAGAGAGGAGUUCUCUAUAGCAGAAGAGGAGGAUACUACGACUGAUAAACAAGAUAAAACAGAAAUAACAGAUACAGUAAAGAAUAAUUUGACAGCCCCAGGAUUGUACGAAGAUUCGCACAAACAAAAUUAUGAACAAAUAAGUACAUGGGAUAAAUURAAAGUUGCUGUGAAAAUUAUUCCUUUUAUUUUCUUUCUUCUUGUUACGUACUUCGCGGAGUACCUCUCCAACCACGCUGUCGUCACCACCCUUGCAUUCCCAGAWUCMUCUCUGAGCCCACGUGACCAUUACACAUACUACAUGUUGGCGUAUCAUUUCGGGAAGUUCAUUGGACGAUCUCAUAUCUUUAUAAUAUCAUGCUUUACUCCAGGACUUCUCGGUCAUGUUUUGGUGCGAAAGACCUGGAUAAUAGCUGCUAUUGCGGUUGGUCAUUUUGUAUUGUUUUUCCUUAUGUCCUGGUAUCGUUUCGUCCCACACUUUGAGGUAGUUGUUACCUUAUGCAUCACUGAGGGCUUCACGGCUGGCUCAAUGUAUGUGAAUUCAGUACACGCAGUGUCGAAAACCAUCGAAGAAAUCAAGCAUAAAGAAUUUGCUCUUGGAUUGUUAACAGUUGGUGAUGCUACUGGGAAGCUUUUGGCAGGCGUUGCAGGGCUUUGGCAAGAACCGUUUCURAGGCGACAUUGUUUAGAGGAACUAGACCUUGGAGUGUACUGUUUUACUCGGCAUGUUGAUGAAAGUGGUUGGAGGGAAUAAAUCACUAGUUCAAUAUAGAAUUUAAUUUUUAAAUAAAAAAAAAACGAAGGUAAUUUAUGACCGGUUUGUCACAGGUAACCCGGUACAAAUAUGGUWGCGACUGAUAUUUAAAUGGGUUCUGGUCUGACUAAUCAAAAACAAACCAGCCAAUCACGUGUUGAAGCCAUUGUGCACUCGUUUAAUUGCGACAAUUUAAUUUAAUAAAACAAUGACAGUCACUUCA